AUGUCAUCUCAACGCGCAGCCCAGAUCGCGGGCCAUCUAAACUACCCUCAAGGUCUCCUCGCCGGCCAAGUAGCCAUCAUCACUGGUUCAGGUCAAGGGAUCGGUGCCGAAGCUGCACGCCUCUUUGCGAAUGAGGGUGCCAAAGUUGUGGUAUCAGACAUUGAUGCAGCAAAGGCAAAUGCCGUGGCUGAAAGCAUCAGUAAAUCUGGCGGGACGGCUAUUGCCGUACCAGGAGAUAUGCUGGAUGAUAAAUACUUGAAAACACUCGUCAAGAAGACCGUCGAGUUUGGAAACACUAUCAAUAUCAUAGUGAACAACGCAGGUUAUACUUGGGAUGGUGUAAUCCAUAAGAUGACGGAUAAACAAUGGGAUAACAUCAUAGCACUGCAUAACACCGCCCCUUUUAAACUCGUCCGUGAAGCCGCCCCCUAUUUCCGAGUCACAGACGGCCAACCCCGCUGUAUAAUCAACAUAUCCUCAACCUCUGGUGUCCACGGCAACGCAGGACAAGCUAACUACGGUCUGGCUAAAGCUGGAAUCAACGGUUUGACGAAAGUAAUUGCAAAGGAAUGGGGCCCGAAGUUUGGCGUCCGGUGCAAUUCAAUUGCUUUUGGCCAUAUUUUAACCCGAUUGACGGCUGCAAAGGAGGAUGGCGCUUUCGUUACAACUCCAGAUGGAGAGAAGAUCGCGCUGGGGAUACCCACGGGGCAGGGCUCACAAUCUAAGGAUGCCAACCUUGAUAUUCCUCUUAGAAGGGCUGGUACCGCGACCGAAGCUGCAAGCGCUAUUCUAGCACUUGCUAGCCCGCUUUCCAGUUAUAUCACUGGACAAGUUAUCAUGGUUACUGGGGGGAGGAACAUGUAG